AUGUCUGGAUGUCAAUAUUUACUUGAGCUGUUAAAUGAACACCCUGAUAGAUUGUUUUACACAAUUAGAAUGGACAUUAAUACUUUUAGAUCUUUAUGUCGUCGAUUAGUUGAAAUGGAAGUCAUAGAACAUGAUAGGGUAAUUAGUGUUGAAGAAGCUGUUGUCAUGUUUCUAUGGAUAGUUACACACAACCAACGAGUUAGAACUGUGGCUGAAAGAUAUCAACAUUCAAGAGAAACUGUUUGUCGUCAGUUUGGUAGAGUGCUAGAUGCAUUGUGUUAUUUAGGAAAUGAAGUAAUAAGGCCUCUUGACUUUAACACUGUGCAAGCAGAAAUUCAAAAUAAUUCAAAGUAUUUCCCAUGGUUUAAGGAUUGUGUUGGAGCAAUUGAUGGUACUCAUGUAAGUGCAGUUGCACCAACUCUAAACCAACUUGCAUUUAGAGGAAGAAAAGUAGAUGUAACACAAAAUGUAAUGGCUACAUGCUCCUUUAAUAUGAUGUUUACUUAUGUCUACGUUGGAUGGGAAGGAACAGCCGAUGAUUCCCGAGUGCUUCUUGAUGCAAUGAGAAAAGAUGAUAACUUCCCUAUGCCACCACAAGGAAAAUACUAUGUUGUUGAUUCUGGUUAUCCAAAUAUGCCUGGGUUUCUAGCACCAUAUCGUGGUGAACGUUAUCACUUGCGUCGUUUUAGAGGAAGAGGGAACCAUCCUAGAGCUGCGAUGGAGUUAUUCAAUUAUAGACACUCAUCAUUGCGUAAUGUGAUUGAACGUUGUUUUGGACUUCUAAAAGUCAGGUUUCCAAUUUUGAAGUCAAUGCCUCCAUACUUGCUUGGAAAGCAACGUCGAAUACCAAUAGCAUGUUGUGCUAUCCAUAACUGGAUUAGAAUGCAUUCUAUUAAUGAUGAAAUGUUUGAACAAUAUUCAGUUGAUGCCAGAACUGUAGAAGAUAUUGAAGGAACUGAAAGCCAAUCUAAUACAACAAUUGAAAACCAAUAA